AUGCCUCGUUCUCGGGAUCUAUAUAGUCUUCAAGAGCCUUCCAUGGGUAAUUUGACACAGCUGACAAUAGAUAUCAAUUCCUGUAGUGAAUUUCCCUCCCUGUCAGGCGGUCCUCAAGCCACUCAAACCCCAACCCCCGGCCAAGCAAUCUGGAGUACCAUCAAUCAGCGAGCAGCGCAACCAACACUUCUUCAGAGGCAACCGCAGGCUCCAGCAGCUCAGAGUCUACCAAGAGGCCCGCAACCACAACCUAGCCAGAUAUCACAGAGUCAUACGUCCCGCGACGAUUUGUUCCCCUCAGCUUCACAAUUCGCAUCGCAGCUUGACGACUUUCGAAAUGGUGGACAGGGAAUAAGCGGGCAGCUUUCGAGUAGUAAUCAACCACAGACAGGAAAUAUUGAGGAAUUUCCACCUCUUGGAAAGCAAUCUGAUUUGGAUCAAGACCGCAGAGAAUCGUUAAUACAAGGAGGACAGCUAGGAGGCUACGGUAACUCAAUGGCCUAUGCCAGCCAAGGUCUUCCAGGGCAAGUUAGGGCCUCCGUAUCCAAUGGCCUGCAUCCGCGACGAGAAGCUACAGACGCAACUUCCCCUGGUACAACCACAGGCCUUCCAUCACGGUCUCCCAUCGGGCUUGCACAAAAUGGAAUAAGUCACGGACAAGAUGAUGCUGCUGCGAUUCCUGGCUCGAUUCCUACCGAAAGCACAUCGGAGCACCAACAGCAAUCAGCUACUUUUUCAGAAGAAGCUCAGUUGCAUGAAAGCGCCAUUACAAGCCAAAGUGCUGAGCAAACGCCUCUUACUCAGAUGAGCGAACGGGACAAAUACGGCCUUGCGGGUCUUCUCAGGAUGAUACACAGCGAAAGCCCGGAUGUAGCCAGUUUAGCAAUCGGUCAAGAUUUGAUGAGCCUUGGAUUAGAUUUGAAUCAACCAGAGCCUCUUCAUCGAACUUUCGCCUCCCCUUUUGUUCCAUCGGGUUCCGCAGUGCCUCUCCAACCAGAUUUUAUUCUACCUCCAUGCUAUAGUGUUGCUAAUGUCCAGCCUCUUGAAACGCGUAUUCAAAGUUUUACCGACGAGACUCUAUUCUACAUAUUCUAUAGCAUGCCUCGCGACAUUAUGCAAGAACUUGUCGCUGAAGAGCUAAUGGGUCGAAAAUGGAGAUACCACAAGCUCGAGCGUGCAUGGCUUACUCGUGACGAUUCAUAUGCUAAUCCAGUUGAAGUGGAAAGAGGAAUCAGUGAGCGAGGAGUGUAUUUAUGGUGGGACACGACGACAUGGAAGAAGGUUCGGCGAGAAUUUAUUCUACGAUACUCAGAUUUGGAUAACCGCCUUGAUCCAGGGCGGAACUUCAUGCGUGGAAUGGCUUUCCCCCAGAAUACUUAA